AUGUUCCAUCUCUUCUUUCUUCUAUCCUCCCUUCUUUUUUCUUCUUCUUCUGCUCUUCUUUCUGAAUUCCAAAUCCCGCCCAUUUUUUGUGGUCUUCGCACGUGUUGCUUCAUCGUUGCAUUCUUCUUGUGUUUUUAUCGUCCCUCCUUUCCCGUUCCAAAAAUGUUUGUCUGCACACUUUUUUUUGUGUAAAAAAUGUUUCUUUUUUGCAGUUACAAAAUGCUUCACAAAAUAUUGAUUACCCUAUUCAUAUUAUUCACAUCAAUUCAAUCACAUAAUCAUCGUCGACGUCGAGAUGAUUCGGAAGAUGUUGAUGAUAUUCGUAAUACACUUCCAUGUGAUGUUGUUUGUGAGGCACAGUGGAAAAGUGAAUUCCAUGUGAGUUUCAGAAACUAGGGGUUUUUUCAAUAUCUUAUUUUCUGCCAGACAGACAGAAAAUGUUGCUAUUUGAUAAAAAAUAAACAUUUUGGUUUUUUUUCAGACAAACUUUCAUCGACUUUACGAUACACAAUAUUUCGAGAUUCCGCUUGAUUCAACAAUCGUUAAGAAUCGCGCAAGUCUGAAAAUGUUUUGCAGUUCAACACAACAAAAAUAUGCAUGUUUCCGAAGAGAUUGUAAAAUCCAUCGUACUCCUUGGUCACCGGAUAAACAUAUUUGUGUCAGAAAUUAUGAGCAAUUCGACAAGAAUAUCAAUUGUUUAAGGUAAUAUUUAUUAAAAGCACUAUUCAAAAAUAUUUUCACACGGUAUUAAAAUAGAAUGGGCCAAAGAAAUUACGAUGACUUUCACAAAUCUUGGCAUUUGAAAUGCGUCAUUUCCGCAGUUUUGAAAAUUGACCCCUCACAAUUUCUACUCAAAAAUGACGAAUCUCUUUCCGGGUUUCUUCUUUGUCCUUUUCACUCCACUCUACACUAAUUUUGUUGCAGUUUGACUGACCGAUAUGUUCAAAAAGAGUGUUCAACGAUUUGCGACAAAAAUAUCACAUUAUCACAUAUUGAAAAACAACGCUUACACGAGCUACGGCUUAGCCAUCCGGCUAUAACUGCACUUGAAGAGCAAAACAACGAAUGCCAUUUUAUUGCCUGCCAUCAAAUGUGCCAUGUAAGUUCACCAUCAAUUUUGUUAAUUGGUGUUUAUUUAUAUAUUCAUGUAUUUUUGUCUCAUUUUUUCUUUUUCAAAACUAAUUUUCAAAUUUAAGGAAUAUGUUGUGAGCAAGUUAUGUAUUGACAGUGCAUCUUCUGCUCGAGAACUUCUUAAGAAAUAUUAUGAUUCAUAUCUGGAACGAGAAUAUACAGCACUUCGAAAAAAUGGACAUGGCACUAUAUUUUCCAGUUUCUGCCGGCGAGUUACACCAGAACAAAAUGAGAAUGCAAUCACACCAAAUAUGACUGUUUACAACAAUGGAAUCCUAGACAUUAUGAAAAAUGAUAUUCGCAACAUUUUUCAAAAUCUUGUUUAA